AUGACAAGAGAUACGGGGAAAUUUUGUUCCAAAUUGGAUCGCCAUGCGAACAUCGGCAAAGGCAAACUGAAACUGGCUGCAUUUCGUAAUCUGAUCGCUGAUCCACGUUUUGAUGGCCUUCCAAUGAUCCUGGAAACACCGGAAGGCGACUACGCCGAGGAAUUGAUUCGCCUGUAUCGAUCGCUGGAAACCAAGCCGUUGAAAACGCGAAAAGAUAUCAAAUCAUUUUUUUCGCCUCUCCCGGCCACAUCCUGA